AUGAUUUCUGCUAAGAAAACUCCGGAGAAGAGUCGUUAUCCUAUCCACUAUUUGGUGUGGCACAACAAACACCGACAGCUGGAGAAAGAGCUGGCAACGAACGAGCAGACUGAUUUAGAGUCUCUGGACCCUCGUGGCCGGACUCCUCUCCACCUGGCUGUCACCCUGGGCCACCUGGACUGUGCCAGGGUCCUGCUGCAGAAUGGAGCUGACGUUAGCAAGGAGAACUGCAAUGGAUGGACCGUUCUUCAGGAGGCAGUGAGUACCAGAGAUCCAGAGUUGGUGCGUCUAGUGCUUCGUUACCGUGACUACCAGAGGACUGCCAAGAGGCUGGCGGGCAUCCCCAUCCUACUGGAGCGACUGCGCCAAGCCCAGGACUUCUAUGUGGAGAUGAAAUGGGAAUUUACCAGCUGGGUGCCUCUGGUGUCUCGUAUCUGCCCCAGCGACACCUACAGAGUCUGGAAGAGCGGACAGUGUCUCCGCGUUGACACCACCCUGAUGGGUUUUGAACAGAUGACCUGGCAGAGAGGAAACCGAAGCUUCAUUUUCAGAGGACAAGACUCCAACGCAGAGGUGAUGGAGGUCGACCAUGACAGGCAGCUGGUGUUCUGUGAGACUUUGUGUGUCUCGUCUCUCAAGGCGCUCUCACCUGGCCGGGGAAAUGGUGGCGCCUGCAGCAGCAACGGCGCCAGUUUGGGCAUGCUUGGGGUGACGCAGCCCACUGAUGAGCAGGUAGCAGGCAGGCUGUCUGCCCCUGUGGUGACCACUCAGCUGGACACUCGCAACAUCGCAUUUGAGAGGAAUAAGACAGGUAUACUGGGCUGGAGGAGUGAGAAGACUGAGACGGUGAAUGGAUAUGAAGCCAAGGUGUACGCAGCAUCCAAUGUGGAGCUGAUCACCAGGACCAGAACUGACCAUCUGUCAGACCAGAACAAGAACAAGACAAAAGGUGGAAAGACUCCACUGCAGAACUUCCUCGGGAUUGCCGAGCAACACAUGGGUCCUAACAACGGGGCCCUGGUGACCCAGAUGUCAUGUCCUGCGGUGACCAACCCUUCAGCGCUGACGGCUGAGGAAUACUUCAACCCGGGCUCGUCACCAACUCAGAGGGACAUCGGCCACCCGUGCCAGCUCACCACCAAGACCCAGAGGUUUAAAGCGAAGUUGUGGUUGUGUGAGUCUCAUCCUCUGUCCUUGGCAGAACAAGUGGUGCCUAUCAUCGAUCUCAUGGCGAUCUCGAAUGCCCUAUUUGCUAAGCUGCGUGACUUCAUCACCCUGCGCUUGCCGCCUGGCUUCCCUGUCAAGAUCGAGAUCCCUAUCUACCACAUCCUGAACGCCAGGAUCACCUUCAGCAACCUGAACGGCUGUGAGGAAGGGACGGGCGUCCGUGCAGACAAUGACGUUGGGGUGGAGGGGGAUGGACAGAGGGACCCCCCUAGGACAGACACCCCCUCUCCGGGCAGUGACUCCUCCAGUGUCUCCAGCUCCAGCUCCACCAUGUCGUGUCGAGCCGGAGAGAUUCCCCCGUGUGUGUUUGAGCCCCCGCCUGGAUACACCAUGCUAGGAGGCAAACAGAGAGACAGCAUGAGGGAAGAGGAGGAGGAUCUUCUGCAGUUCGCCAUACAGCAGAGUCUGCUGGAGGCCGGCUCCGAAUACGAUCAGGUGACCAUCUGGGAGGCACUGACAAAUAGCAAGCCAGGAACACACCCCCUGUCCUGUGACCCAAGCCGUGUGGAGAGGACCCCGCAGCACAAGCCCCGGCCCCCCACCAGCCUCUGCUCCACGCCCUCCAAGAAGCAGCCGACCAGCUGCAGCUACGAUGAGCAGCUGCGCAUCGCCAUGGAGAUCUCAGCUCGGGAGCAGGAAGAGGCUGAGUUUCGGCGGCGUCAGGAGGAGGAGGAGCUACAGCGCAUCAUCCAGCUGUCACUCAUGGAGAAGUGA